GACUGCGGCUAUCGCGGUUUGGCCAACAUGGGUGUCGUUGUGGGAUUUAUUGUUGAGGGAUUUUAAAAGGCGUCGGGAAAAUGGCGGACAGGUUGGAGUGGGUGGAGAUCAUUGAGCCUCGCACAAGAGAGCGUAUGUACGCCAAUCUGCUGACGGGCGAAUGCGUGUGGGACCCUCCACAGGGAGUUCCCUACAAGCCGACUGAUGACAACCAAUGGUGGGAGCUGUUCGACCCCAAAACAUCACGCUUCUAUUACUACAACGCCUCCACCCAGAGGACAGUGUGGCACCGACCUACGGGAUGUGACAUCAUCCCCUUGGCCAAGCUUCAGACUUUGAAGCAGCACACAGACACCACCAACCCCCACCCUGCAGGGGGAGGGAGAGUCUCUGCUGAUAACAGCCCAGGACGUAACAGUGGGGUCAGCAGGGAGGGCAGCACCUCCUCCUCUCUCGAUCAGGAGUUCUCUGAUAAACAGGGCAACAAGGACGAUGGAGACAGGACUUCUCCUUUUCGAUGGAACACUGGUACAAAAGAGAGGAUGCUAAUCAAGGUGACGGACAGAGAGCCCAGCUUCCUGGCUCAUCAAGGAAACAACCUUUCUCCCUGUGAACCCACAACGCCUAGUGCCCUCUCUGGAGGGGGCACCGCCUCACGGAACCAACAUUUGUCCGGAGGAAACCCGCUUUCAGAACCUGACGGCUCUCCUAUUUUGUACUCUGACCGCCGCCAGUCUCCUUUUUUGAAGCGAGCUGAACUGGGAGGUACUGGUGGCCAUCGCCACCUCUCAACAGACUCCCAGCCUCCGUCACCCCGCUACGCCUUCGAGCCCCCACUGUAUGAGGAGCCACCUUCCGAGUAUCAACCCCCUCCCAUAUAUGAAGAGCCUCCCGCCGACAUGCAACUCUCGGACUCGUGUUCCCUUUAUGGCUCUACCAAAUCACCUGCUCGUAAAUCUCCGGCUCCCCUCUACCUCUCUCCAAAGCAGAGUCAGUCACCCUACGGCCAGCUGGUUCUGACCCGGCAGAAGUGCCCAGAAAAAACUCAGAGCCUAGAGUACAGUCCAGUGGGAAAGGAGUACGUCAAGCAGCUAGUGUACGUGGAGCAGUCAUCCUCCAGCCCUCGCUUCAAGACUGCAGACCGUCUGCUACGGUACGGUACCACUGGGGGCUACGGUGGUUCAUACGGGGGAUCUUUUACUCUGCAGCAUAGUCAGUCUCUGAUUAGAGACCCACGCCAGUUGCUGGACUAUCGUGGAGAGGAUAAAGAGGGAGAUCAAAGGUUCCUCUAUGAAGACUCAAUAUCCUGGACAUCUAGCCAGACUCACUCCCUCUCCUCAGCCAGGCCCGGGACUUUCUCUCCCAGCAGCAAUCGCAAGCGUAAGAGCCGCAAGCCGUCCCUCCCUCAGGAGCUGAGUCGCUGCGGGGAGGGGGAGCUUUCGGGCACAGCGUCGGAAGCCAUGCUGGCUCAGGCCAGGCUGGCGUGGGAGGCGCAGCAGGUGAUGAAGCAACGAAGCAGUUGGGACUCCGGGCAUGGAGGCAGAGUGUCCCAGGGCGGCGGCUCCAAGGACGGCUAUGAGAGCGACGGGGCGAUGCCGCUGCCAUUUCCAGGGCCGGUAGUGAGGGCGUUCAGUGAGGACGAGGCACUGGCGCAGAGCGAAGGUCACCACUGGAAACACAGUACCUUUGACCGGCUAGGCUUCCCUCAGGCCCUGUUGGAGAAGAGCCUGUCUGUUCAGACUAACCUGGCCUCCCCUGAACCCUACCUCCACCCAUCUCAGUCGGAGGAUCUGGGAGCCUGUGCCCAGUUUGAAGCCAGUCGAAAUGCCAGGAACAUGAUGCCGAGUGCCAGCUGUGGCAUUUUCCCCGAGUUCAGCUUAAGAAAACCCUCCUCAGAGACGGACAUUGAGAACUGGGCGUCUAAGCACUUCAACACACACACACAGGGGCUGUUCAGGCGGAAGGUUUCCAUUGCCAACAUGUUGGCCUGGAGCAGCGAGCCCAUCAAGAAGCCAAUGAUCGUCACCACUGACCGCACGGUGAAAAAGGAGGCUGUGGACCUUUUUAAGCUCAUCCAGACGUACAUGGGAGACCGUCGCUCCAAGGUGGACCCCUUCUCUGUGGCUCUGGAGGUGGUGGUGCGAGGAUGGAGCAACCAGGGUCUACGUGAUGAGCUCUACAUCCAGCUGUGCCGUCAAACCACAGAGAACUUUCGCUAUGAUAGUCUGGAGCGUGGCUGGGAGCUGAUGGCCAUCUGUUUGGCCUUUUUUCCUCCAACUCCCCGUUUCCACGCCUACCUGGAGGGCUACAUCUGCAGACACAUGGACCCUCUGAAUGACACGAAAGGAGUUGCCAUUAGCAGUUAUGCUAAGUACUGCUUCAGGAAACUGAUGAAAGCUGCGCUGACUGGAGCCAAAAAGGGCCUGCAGAAACCCUGUCUGGAGGAAAUCAAACACGCCAGGAGCGCCAUCUUCAAUCCAUCUAUGUUUGGUUCCUCCUUAGAGGAGGUGAUGUCUCUUCAGAAGGAGCGAUACCCAGACCGCCAGCUGCCCUGGGUCCAGACUCGACUCUCGGAGGAGGUUCUGGGUCUCAAUGGCGACCAAACAGAAGGCAUCUUCAGGGUACCAGGAGACAUAGAUGAAGUCAAUGCCCUAAAGCUGCAAGUGGAUCAAUGGAAAAUCCCCACAGGACUGGAAGACCCUCACAUUCCAGCCUCUCUCUUAAAACUCUGGUACAGGGAGCUAGAAGAGCCGCUGAUCCCUCACGAGUUCUACGAGGAGUGUAUCAAUAGCUAUGACAACCCAGAGGCAGCUGUCAACGUGGUUCUGGGUCUGCCACACAUCAACAAGCUGGUACUCUGCUACCUCAUCCGCUUUUUACAGGUGUUUGCUCAGCCAGCCAACGUGUCCAUCACCAAGAUGGACGUGAACAACUUGGCCAUGGUCAUGGCUCCCAACUGUCUGCGCUGCCAGUCCGACGAUCCCCGGGUCAUCUUCGAGAACACCCGCAAGGAGAUGUCUUUCAUACGGGUGCUCGUCCAGCGGCUCGACACGAGCUUUAUGGAUGGAAUCCUAUAGCCCCCCUCACCUGCA